CUUCUGCGCGAGCUGCGCGAGCUCCCCCGCCGCCUCGAGAAGAGAAAGACACUCACUUUUUCUUUCUUUGCCCGUCUGUUGUUCUCCCGGCGGCCGGUUUCUCCGCCGAGGACUUUUCUUUUCUUCCACUCCUGCGCGUCAAACUUCUCCCAUGUCCGGCCAGAUGGCCACUAGAUGACAUCGCUCAGGGAUCUGGACCUUUCAUACUCGCGGUAGCCCCGAACUGCCCCCCCACCCCGUCCCGCGGCUACUUUUACACGCUCGCGCUCUCACUCGUGCUCGCAGACGUCGCUGACUGGCUCGCUCGUGCAGCGCCUGCAUGGCUCCUAUCAGGUGGGUCGCGGUGUUGCUGUGCUUGGCUGCGCUCGAGCGGCCGGCGCUGGCCGCGGAGCGCGGCGGCGUGAGGACUCUUUACGUGCUGCAGCCCGGGCGAGGCGGCUCGGACGCGGUGCGCGUGAGCUCCAUCUCCUCGCGCGCGGGCGCCGACGGGCAGCCGCACUCCUACAACGUGGACCUCACGGCCAGCUUUGGGGGCCAAGUGCGGACUCGCAGGAUGGGCAGCCGGGACGGACACACAGGCCAGCAGAUGGUCAAACUUUCUGGUGUAAACGUCUGUGGAGGGCAGUGCUGUAUUGGAUGGAGCAAGGCCCCUGGAUCCCAGCGCUGCACAAAACCCAACUGUUUACCCAAGUGCCAGAACGGCGGCAUGUGCCUUCGACCGCAGAUGUGUGUUUGCAAGCCUGGCUCUAUGGGCAAAUCCUGCGAACAGACCACCCUGCCCCCUCACCCAUCCGGACCUGUGAAUGGUCACACUGGCGGUCAUACCAACGGACACUCGAACGGUCACACCAGUGGACAUACAAAUGGGCAUAACAUAGUGCCCCAGCGGCCUAUUCCACAGCAAGUCCACCCACAAAGUCCAGUUCAGGGCCCCUUGCCACUGCCCGGGGGCAACAUGGCACACAUGACCCUGACCAUGAAGGCCUCUCCAAAUGGUCCCAUCCCCUUCCAGCACGUACAACCUCCCGUCUCCAUGACGAUGCACCAAAGUAAAAGCCAAAAGUUUGUGAUCAAGCCAAAGUAUUACCACACGCACACGCAGGUGCAUGGAGUUGGACAGACGCCAGAGCGUAGCAUUCCGCUGACCGUCGGACAUCACCCCCUCACUGCGGGUAACCACACUGGCCGGAUCAAGGUGGUCUUCACUCCCACCAUCUGCAAGGUGACCUGCACCGGCGGCCGCUGCCAGAACACCUGCGAGAAGGGCAACACCACUACCAUCAUCAGUGAAAACGGACGUGCCACCGACACCCUCACUGCCCCCAACUUCAGAGUAGUGGUUUGCCACCUGCCCUGUAUGAAUGGAGGGAAGUGUAGUGCAAGGGAUAAGUGCCAGUGCCCGCCCAACUUUACCGGAAAGUUCUGCCAGAUGCCGGCCCAGAAUGGCCACCGGGGGCAACAGACGGUGGUGAACGGCCAGAGUGCCCAGGUCCACUCCACACACACACUCCCGCUGACCUUCAGCUCAGGCCAGAACCAGGGCCUGGUAAACAUCCAUGUGAAACAUCCCCCAGAAGCAUCGGUACAGAUCCACCAGGUGUCCCAGGUGGACAGUAGCAGCAGUGGUCAUUCAAAGACGUCGCAGUCAGGCCACUCGUACAGCUACCACAUGUCCGAAAGCAGCAGCUCCAGCAGUAGCAGCAGCCAAAAGAUCCAGCACCACAGCCACAGUGUCGUAUACCCUAACCAGCAAACCUUCCUGCAGUACCCGCCAGUGACCUCCAAGAGCCAACUCGGACGCUGCUUCCAGGAGACCACUGGCACGCAGUGUGGAAAAGCCCUCCCAGGCCUCUCCAAGCAGGAGGACUGUUGUGGAACCAUCGGCACAUCCUGGGGAUUCCACAAAUGCCAGAAAUGUCCCAGAAAACAAUCGAUUCCGCUGUUGGAGUGUCCUCAGGGCUACAAGAGGUUCAACGGCACACGCUGCAUCGACAUCAACGAGUGCCAGCUGCAGGGAGUGUGUCCUAAUGGGAACUGCAUCAACACCAUGGGAAGCUACAGGUGCUUGUGUAAGCCUGGGUUUAUGCCGGACGCCACACUGACCACCUGCUACCCUGAGGCUCCUCAGGUGCGUGAGGAAAGGGGCGCUUGUUUCCGUCUGGUCGGCCCAGGUGCUCAGUGCUUGCAUCCAGUGUCCACUCAGCUGAGUAAGCAGCUGUGUUGUUGCAGCGUGGGGAAAGCCUGGGGCCCACACUGCGAUCGCUGCCCCCUGCCUGGGACAGCUGCAUUUAAGGAGAUAUGUCCUGGCGGCAUGGGCUACCAUGUCACCACUCCAUACGUCUACAAGCCCAAACCUCCUCCAGCCAACCCCUGGAAUAAGCCGGACAACCAAGGGCAGCCCAAGCCCACAAUCAAGCACCAGGAACCUGUGCCAGGGGUCCUGCCCCUGCCCUUCCCUACCCUGCAGCAGCCUGUCGAGGCUUUCAGCUUUACUGAGAGACAGCUGCCCAUUGUGCCAGUGGCCACAGCAGCCCCAGAGCAGGAGCUUUCUUCCUCUGGUGGUAUUGAUAGGUCUGUAGUAGAGCAGCAUCAGCUGUCUCCUGGUGUGUCCACCAUACCGAUGGAGCCUGCAUACCGAGAGGUGGUAGAGAAAACCGUGCCAGCCGCUCCAGUAGCCAUCUUGCCGUCCAGCGCCCCCCAGGACAUCUCGCCUACUCAGCUGGCAGAGGUGGACGAGUGUACAAUUAGGCCUGAUAUUUGCGGCCAAGGCUUCUGCUACAAUACUCUAGAGAGUUACAGCUGCAUCUGCCAUGAGGGCUACAGGCUGGAUGAUGAGGGCACCACGUGUAUAGACAUUGACGAGUGCGCGGACAGUCCGGAUCUAUGCCCCAACGGUCGCUGUAAGAACACUCCUGGAAGCUUCUUGUGCGCAUGCCACCUUGGCUUCAUUCCGGAUGAGGAGGGCACCAGCUGCAUCGAUGUAGAUGAAUGUGAGGUUCCUCGUAUGUGCCCUGAGAACAGUCUUUGUGUGAACACGCUGGGCUCCUACACCUGUCGUCAUUGUGGCAGCGGCUACAGACUGGGCCAGAGCGGACAGUGCGAAGAUGUGGACGAGUGUCAGAAUGGAAGCGUGUGUCCCUCCGGUCUCUGCUAUAACACUCUUGGCUCCUACAUGUGCAGCCCGUGUCCUGAGGGAUUCCAGGGCAAGGAUGGCCAAUGUGUAGAUAUCGAUGAGUGUCUGGACGGAACGGCCUGUGCCAACGGUCAGUGCUCCAACCAUGAGGGCUACUUCGUGUGUACAUGCAAUGAGGGCUUUGUUCCGGUUCCUGGCGGCAAAGCCUGUACAGAUAUUGACGAGUGUCAGGAUGAAAGUGUGUGCACAAGGGGUCACUGUCAGAACACAGAGGGGUCAUUCAUCUGCAGCUGUGAGACUGGCUUCAGGUUGGCUUCAUCAUGGGAGCAAUGUGACGAUGUCGAUGAAUGUCAGGAGUUGUCUGGGCUGUGCGAUGGUGUGGGUCAGUGUGUUAACAACAUGGGCUCGUACCACUGCCUCUGCCCACCAGGGUACCGGCAAGUCAACGGCACCAGCUGCCAAGAUGUGGAUGAGUGCGUGGAGGAGAGCCACUUGCGAGUGCACGGCGGAGAAUGUGUGAACACAGAGGGCUCGUUUCACUUCAUCUGUGAGCCUGGAUAUGUGUGGACGCAAGACCCUCCUGGCUGCGAAGAUGUUGAUGAAUGCUCCAACAGCGGUAAAUGUUUCAACGGCACUUGCAUAAAUACAGAAGGCUCGUUUCAGUGCCAAUGUGAUGGAGGCUAUCGCCUGGAGCCGGCCAGUCAUGCCUGCCAGGAUAUCGAUGAAUGUGCUGAGUUUGGGCAGAGCAUUUGUGGGGCGUGGCAGUGCAAGAACACACCUGGAUCCUACAAGUGUGUGGUACCCUGCCCAGCAGGCCACACCCGAAACACACACGGAUCGUGUGUGGAUGUGGACGAGUGUGCUCUAAACAGGAGUGUGUGUCGAGGGCAUGGGGUGUGUCACAACACAGUGGGCUCAUUCGUGUGCCAGUGUGACCCAGGCUACCAGGACACUGAUGGUCAGGGCUGUGUGGAUCUGAAUGAGUGCGAGCUCCUGAGCGACGUUUGCGGUGAGGCAGUGUGUGAGAAUGUGCCCGGCUCAUUCCUGUGUGUGUGUCCAGAGGGUCUCGAGUUCAACCGGAUGACGGCCAAGUGCUUACCUGCACCUAAAGCCUCGUCUGUCGAGAGGAAAGAGUGCUACUACAACCUGAACGAUGAGAACUUGUGUGACAAUGUUCUGACCAGCAGCGUGACCAUCGAAGAGUGUUGCUGCACACUGGGAGCGGGCUGGGGGGACAACUGCGAGGUCUUCCCCUGUCCUGUACAGGGAACAGAUCAGUUUGCUCAAAUGUGUCCAGCUGGUCAGGGCAACGUUCCAACGGGGGACGCUGUGUUUGGAGUUUCCUCAGCCAACAGCUACAAAGAUGCUGACGAGUGCGCCCUCUUUGGGGACGAGAUUUGUAAAGACGGCUUCUGUCUGAACGUGAACAGCGGAUACGAGUGCUACUGCAAGACGGGAUUCUACUACGAUGAGGUCAAACUCCAGUGUGUAGAUACGGACGAGUGUCUAGAUAAGUCCAACUGUUUGGAUGGCGAGUGCUCGAAUAAUGAAGGCUCCUACCAAUGCUUCUGCCCUCCCAACAUGGUGCUAGCCCCGGACAACAAUCACUGCGUUUUCCCCGCUGCCGCAGUGCACACGGAGGAGGACAUGUUCCUAAAUAUUUGCUGGGAGACUGUUUUUGAGACAUGGACCUGCCAUAAUCCAUUGAGAGACCGGAUGACCACAUACACCGAGUGCUGCUGUCUGUAUGGAGAGGCCUGGGGCUUGAACUGUGCCCUCUGUCCCCAUAAAGACACAGGCGAGUACGCCACGCUGUGUAACAUCCAGGGCACUGUUGCUGGUAGACGACCGUAUGGCCGUGAUGCUCUAGUUGCUGGUCCUGUCCACGAAUACAUGAUCAGUCCUGAGUAUGAGCAGCGACGCGUGAACCCUGGACUUACAGUCGUUGAUGACUCGGAGAACCCUAACACCGGUCGGUACGAUGCUUUUGAAGGCUUGCGGGCCGAAGAGUGCGGUAUACUGAACGGCUGUGAGAACGGACGCUGCGUGAGGGUGCAGGAGGGCUACACCUGCGACUGCUUUGAUGGGUACACACUCGACAUAUCUCGAAUGGCCUGCGUGGAUGUGAACGAAUGCUCAGAGCUCAACAAGCGUAUGUCACUGUGCAAAAACGCCAAGUGCAUCAACACACCGGGUUCAUAUAAAUGCCAGUGCCUGCCUGGCUACACGCAGUCUGACCAGCCCAACUACUGCGUCCCCAGCCAGCAGAGUGCAGCGCCCGCAGUCCGCACUGCGACCGAGUGACCAGCAGAGGGCGCCACAAACACUACAAACACUCUUAUUUAAUCAAAGCCCAUAUACUCUGCACUGUAUGACCUAUAAAAAAACCACAAAAACAAAACAGCGACAAAAAAUUCUUACUUGAGAUGAAGAUAAAUCUAACAUGCUAUCUUAUGGUGCGGCGAGAGAAAAACAGAACUGUAUAAAAUUGUAUGUUUUUAUUGUCUGUCUGUGUACGUUUGGUUUAUUUUGUCAGCGUUUUUUUUUUUUUUUUUUUUUCUGUUUUUGAAUUUAGAAGGAGUUUUUUAAAAUGUGCCCUGAGGAAUUUUUGUUCUUCGGGCAUGAAAACGACAAACCCUAUGAACUGACAGCUGGGGGAUAAUCUGCUUUAUUUACCCAGUCCGAGAUGCCACCACGGCGGAGAGGCCGCGUGAGCCUUCCUCUUCUCUCCUCGUCCUUCUCCUCUCUCUCUUUCUGGCUCCACUCAUUCAUCCAUCGUUUUUGCUUCUUCUCUUCCAGCACUUCGUUCGUAUCUUCUCUUGACCCUGUCUCUCGCACCACGUCACUUGAUCGUUAACGACAGUGCAUAUCAGAGUGUAUCUCACACACACACACACACACACACACACACACACACACACACAGAAUGUCUGUUUUUUUGCAUUAACACAUCAUAAUUGAAAUAAGCUUUUUUUUUAACUAGGUAUUUUGUAUUAAUGAUCAAAGCGAGCUACUUCUGUGUCUGGGACAACAAUCCUUUUUUGUAUUUCCUUCGUGUGCGUCUGCCCUGUGGAACAGGCUUAGUUCCAUAUUUAUCAGCUUCUGGAGGAAGAAGCCUGACCUGGAAUUAGACGUUCUGUUCAAAGUUAAAAACUGACCCCGGGUCAGAUUUCUCCCUCUGCAAGACUUGAUCGAUUUGGCCCACUUUUCUCUCUGCUGAAAUGACUGUAUUCUUUCUGCCAAAAAAAAGAGAAACUGAGCGCGUAAGAAUAAAUGAAGUGCCUUUAUCUGUUUUUUUUUCUUCCAUCAUGUUUAGAACCGAAAAACCGUUCACUGACCGCGAUGGCGAAAAAGUCUUGCCAGGUUGCAAAGCUGCUGCUAUGAAACAGCCGUGGGAUUUUUUUUUUUCCUUUUAUUUUGUACAUUUAAACUGAAGAGUUUGAUAAACAGUUUAUGUAUUUGUAAUUUGUACAUGAAUAAAUAGCUCUUGUAUGAUUAUCCAUAUAAUGUAUAUUAAAACUCUUUUAAUAAAUCACAAAUUGUGAUAUUUACA